AUGACAACAUCAACUGGACAUAUCAACAAAACCUAUUGGACAAGCAGUAAUUAUGACGGAGAGAUUCGAAAUGAAAGACUUGAGGGAAAUGCUAAAUUUACGUUUCCAUCUGGUACUACUUACCUAGGCGACUUUAAGGAUGGCGAAUUUCAUGGACACGGUAUACUUCAUUAUAGUAAUGGUGCGAAGUAUGAAGCUAUUUGGGAAAAAGGUGUAGCACAACAAGGUCAAUAUACAUUUCCAGAUGGUCUAACAUUCGAUGCUAACGAUUGGAAAUACUGUGAUGGUUAUGAUAGACGUUUCUAUACUGAAACUCUUCAUGAUUUAAAGCCAGCUGGACGAUCUCAAUUAAAAGAUAACGAACCAUCUCAAGUAAUUCCUCUUGAUUGCUACGAUGUAGGUGAUGGAAUUUAUAAUCCAACAUCUCGCAUUGUUACAAAUUAUAAUGGAGAAUUCGUGAGAAAUGCUGAUGAUGAUGAACAUCAAUGGAUUAUUCGUACGUGUCGAAAAGGAUGGGACGAACAUGUUGGAGGACAAAAUUCAAGACUCAAACCUGAUAUGUCGAAACUUAAGAAUUAA